AAGAAAUCCAACCGCCUCGGUCCCUUCCCCUUCCCCUUCCCGGAUCCCCGCCGGCCGCCGCUACCCAUCACCCAAUCGCCGCGAACCCUAAUCGAUCCAAUCCCUCCGGUCCAUCCAUGCCGCCGGCGCCGGAGCGGUGGUCCAUCCUGGCCCGAAUCCCCAAGGUCAUCAAGGGCAAGGAGGCGAAGCGCACCUUCCCGCGGGGCGCCGACGUCACCGUCGCCUGCGCCGACCCCCCGCGCGCCUCCCUCCUCACCGUCCCCUUCCGCGUCUCUCCCCCGCCCUGCAUCUUCAACCACCCCUACGUCGCCGCCGCCGACGGCUCCUCCGGCCUGCUCCUCCUCUCCGCCACGGAGCCCGCGGGCGAGGUCACCUACCACCUCUGCCACGCGCGCACCGGCGAGGCCACCUGUCUCCGUCCGCAGAGCUCCUUCAUGGUGAGCUGCCACGGCGCCAACGUCGGCCUGACGGUGCUCGGCGGCGGCGACGGCGUGGUGGUCGCGGAGCUCCAGCCCUCCACCGACGGCUCCGGCCGCGCCACGCUCCUCUGCUACACGGCGGGGGGCUACAGCGAGUGGGCCUUCAAGGAGCUCGCCUACUCGCCCCCGCUGCUCCGGCAGUGGUUCUGCGAGGAGGUCGUCUCCUACGGCGGGAUGCUCUGGUGGGUGGAGCUCUCCUACGGCAUCCUCGCCUGCGAUCCCUGCUGCUACACGUCCCUCUUCCCACAGUCACCGACCCGCUGCCGCCGGGUAAAUCGGCGACAAGUUUGGCCAGCAGGGGCGCCCGCAGCUGCGUCAAGGUGAGCGGCGGGAAGCUGAGGUACGUGCAGAUCCACGGCGAUCCCGACGCGCCAGUGGUGAGCACGUGGGCGCUCACCGAGGCUCGUGAAUGGAACCCCGAGCGCAGGGUGCCAUUGCCUGAAAUCUGGGCCGACGAGACCUACAUUGAUGCCAUGCUGCCAGGGACCAUCCCUGCGCUUGCGCUGCUCCACCCUGCGGACCCGGACAAGCUCUACUUCUUCCUUGGCUCCUGCAUCUUUGCCGUGGACCUGCGGCGGGGGAAGGUUGUGGAAUUCGGUGAAUUUGAUAUGCCUGAACCAACAAACUUGCUGAUCGUGCGCUCUUCUCACUUGGUCCAUGCAUGGCAAUAUGAUCCUUCAAGCAGCCGGUCUGACUCUGUCACGACAUGCUUGAGGCAGGAGGAGGCGGCUGCUGCUCGGAGCAGCUGGGCUGCUGUUAUCCCUGUCAUUCCUGUCAGAGGAAAAACUGACGAAUCACGGAAGAGGUAUCGAUCAUGUAAGAGGUAUCGUUAUAAUCUUAUCAUGCGGCAACAACACGAAGAAGAAGAAAUAACUAUGAAGAAACAACUCUACAAGGAGGCAGAUACCGCCAAAAGGAAAAGGAGUAGGCCAUAGAUGUGGGAAAAUAAUCCUAGUAGACCUGGUCUCUCAUCCAGCUUGAAAAGACCAUGUCCAUCUUACGACAUGUGGCAAAUACACUAUCCUUUGAGAUCAGUUUUGAAGGCUCUAGCCACAUGUCAUAUGAUGCAUAUGGUCUUCCGGCUAAUCUAGCUACAUGUCAUCUGAUGAAUAUGGUCUUUCGGCAAAUCUAACCACAUUUUCAUACGAUGCAUAUGGUGUUUCGAGAGACCAGGUACUUGAUGGUCCAUAGGUGGGGGAUGGGGCGAGUUGAAAUGGAAGGAACGGUGUGCAUCCUCAGGCGGGCUUGGUUCAUGCGAGUUCAGAUGGAUGAAAAAAAAAGAGUUGGUAUUGGUACAAAUGAGGAACACUAUCAACUAUAGGUAACGUGGUUAUAACAACAUCUCUAAAACAGAUGAUGUGAGACAAACUUGGUGCCCAAAAAACGGAUUUUCAGUACUCCAGAGGCCAAAAACAGUGCUCCAGCAAAUGCCCUAUCUCUAUUAGGUGCUGCAAAUUUUUUUGGGUAGCCCCAAAA